ACAGUAGUCCAGCACCCGUUGCAACUUCGAGGCCAUGAUCAACAACCUGUCGUCCCUCCUACGACCCCCAUCCAAAGCGAAAGCCUCCACACUAGAAGCAACGCAUGCGCUGUUCGUAAGAUGACGCGCCAAUCUUCAGAACCUGAACCUGACCGCAACGCAGAGAAAAUGCUCUUGCAGAAUAUCUACGACCUGUACGUGCUACUAAGAGCAGGAGGCCUGCCAUUGCAGCCGUCGAUACUGACCGAGUACACAAGAAAAUUAGACCUCGAUACCCAGAUCCAAUCAACCAAACCACAUUCUACACGCCAGGCUCAGAUCCAGAUUGCACGCAUACGCGACAGUGCAGACACCAUACCAAGGAUUAUGAGAGCCAGGAUAUGCUUAGCAGCGGUGAUGGAAGUAUUGCACAACUCCCCAGGUGUGCCACAUUUUAUUCGUGCUCCUUUUUUCACACUGUGUGCCGAUCCCCUUUUCGCCUACAGCUUCCCCAAAGCUACCUUUCCCGUCACUUCCGACAAACCCCUGUCGACACCCAAAAAGAACUCCCCAACUCCCGAAGUUACCAGCCUUCCUACUGCGAGACCUGUCGAUGAGAUUCUGCCCGUACAUAGAAUCAAUGCUCUAACUCCAGAAGCUACCAACCUGGCUAUGACAGCACUACACGAGACAGUUAUCUCUCCCAUACCGGCACCUACGCAUAUACCCACUCAACCCCAUUCCGGUAUGCCUUCGUCGUCUUUCCCACCGCAACAGCUUCCCCAGGUCUCGUCCGACGACAUCGAGGAUGACGAACAGGAGGAACUUGAAGUGGCUGACAUCAUGAUCUCCAUCGCCGACUCGGACUCGGAAUCAACCACUUCUAAGUCGCGUAAUAGCACAAAUGUGAACUCGAAUUCAAUACCAACGCGGCACCUCGAACGAGAGCACGUGAAAACCGUAUAUUCACCUAUGCGGCGUAGCACGAAGCGGAAUAUUGAUGGGAAUCAGGAAGCCACAGGUGAGGGGAAUAGGGAAGAAGACGGUGAGUGAUGUAGAGCCGCUACUGCAUCUAUGACAUCAGAGGACAUGUGUGCAAUUAGCAGGGUAAAAUGAUUAUUGGACAAAAGUAUGGGUAUGAACUAAUUUAUGACAGUAUGACAGCAGAUAUACCCAACAUCUAAAUACAUUUUGAACCAUCAUUCACUGGGUGGAAUGGAAACAUUUGCACCAUUCUUUGCCAUGAACCAUCUGACUUAAAUCCAACUCUAUGGAACAGCCUCUGGGAAUGAC